AAUGAUUCCUGUGAGUCUUUCCUUGGCAGUAUUAUGCAUAUUGAAUAUUUGGACAAUAGAAUACGCUGCAGGCUGUGGGGAACAGUAUGAGAAAGAUGGGCGAUGCUGUGACCAGUGUGCCCCAGGUCAAUAUAUGAAGGACUUUUGCAAAGAGAACCAGCAAACAAUCUGUAGUCCCUGUGAAGAGGGCACCUACUCUCAACAAUUUAACCUGUUUGACAGAUGUGAGAAAUGCCGGUCAUGCCAACAUAAAUACAAUGAGAAAUGCACGGCGACCACAAAUACAAAUUGUUCGUGCAACUAUGGUUUCCUGUGCUCCAACAAUGUCUGUUCAGAGUGUGAGGAAAACAAAUGCGUCACAGGGGAAACACUGAAGAGAACAGACAGUUCCUUGGAUACCUGGUUGAUAACGUACAGAUAUCAGUGUGAGCCUUCAUGUGCUGAUGACACAUAUUUUGAUGCUAAAGACAAUCUCUGCAAGAAGGACGGAGAUGGUAUAGACUUCAUUCAUUUGAUCCUUGGCAUCGGCUUUGUUUUGCUUUCUCUCACCCUCCUCGUGUUUCUGUCUCACACCUGCAUGAAGAGCCGAAGGGAUCACAGAGCAUAUAAUCAUCCUAUGGAAGUCCUAGCAGUCUCCACCAACGCCAGUGACUUUCAUCUGUCGAAGGAGGAGAGUGGGCGUGAGCUCAUCAUGCAGGAUGAAUCCAAGAACAGCAACAGUAUUGGCCUACUGCAUCUGGAGGAAGUCGGCACUUGUUGAUAACAAGUCUAAGAGGAGACAAUCAGUCUGUUUACUAUAAUGAUAUUAAUGUAAUGGUACAAAGUAUCUUCCUCGUUAUCAGCACACAUUUAAAUAUACAAACCUGCUAAAGUUAGAGAUGCACACUUCUGAAGGAAAGGUCCCUGGUUGUCUGACCAACAUGUGAAGGUAUGAUGAGAAAGGUUUGAAACCAUGGUCCAAUUAUGUGAUGAGUCCUACUUUCAGCUUUUUUUUAGAGUGAAUUGUUCUUCUUUUUGCCUGAUUUGGUUAAACAUCGGUUUUAUAUUCUAAUGUGAAUAUUGCAAAAAUACUUGCAAUAAAGCAAAGUAUUAUACAGGGUGUAUUAUACUGUUAAGUGUAUUACCAACUAAUCUAUCAUUGUAAUAAACUGUUGCAUCUAAACCCAAAAACAAAAAACAAAAAACAAACACACAUGAUUAUACAAGACCAUGUACAACAAAGGAUAUGACAUACAAGAGCCAAGACCUGUUGUUUGUGCUCACAGAUUAUAGUCCCAGUAUUAAAGUUAUUCUUCCCCCCUGUGUUUUUGUUUGUUUUGUUAUGUAUGCAUGUAUUUAUGCUGGGACAGCAGCAUAAGAAAGGUGUGUUUUAAUGUUC